UAUGCAUUGCCCUCUUCAUGGAAUCCUAAAGAUAAAGGUUCCAUUCUAGAUCUGUCCAACAAUAAUGUGCGCGUGAGUUAUCAAGGCUCUGGAAAAUCUGAUGCUGAUGCUGCUUCGGUCCGUGCAAAUACAUUUAUUCCUCCUCAGACUGGCAUCUAUUAUUUUGAAAUCGCUGUAACGAGCAAGGGCCGCGAUGGGUAUAUUGGGAUUGGCUUUAGUACAUCUACUUUUGAACUGAGUCGACUUCCAGGCUGGGAUGAUCUUUCUUGGGGUUACCAUGGUGAUGAUGGUAAUAUAUUCAGCGGUGCUGGAAGUGGCAAAUCAUACGGACCCACAUAUACAACAGGCGAUAUUGUUGGCUGCUGUAUCAACUUUAUGAACAUGACUGCCCUGUUUACAAAAAACGGAAUUAUGCUUGGUGUUGCAUUUCAAAACAUACUUCGCGACAAAAAACCUGGCCUAAAACUAUACCCAUCGAUCGGUCUGCGAACUCCUGGAGAAGUAAUUGAAGCUAAUUUUGGUCAACGACCGUUCAAAUUUGAUAUUGUUCAGUAUUGUCGAGAAGAGCGCAUCAAGUUUAAAUCAACUUUGAAUGGAAUUUCACUCAGUAGCUUGACGUUCCUGUCAUAUUUGAUUCAUCAUGGAUACAGUCAGGCUGCUACAAGUUUUUAUACUUCUGCAUUUGGAAACUGCGACCUCGAUAAUCAACCUCAAAUGAACUUAGAAGCACUUUCCAGCGAGUCUGACAUUCAACUACUCAUAAUUCAAGGCAAAAUCGAAUCUGCUAUUGCAAAAAUAACACAACACUACAGUGACAUGCUGAAAGAAAAUGAAAUUGUUCGAUUUCAGCUGGACUGCCUCAAAUUUAUUAACAUAUCUGCUGGUUUUGACUUUGAUUCCAAUCAAGGUCAAGACUGCAAAGAUGAACUAUUUUCACUCAUUUGCUAUCCAGAUCCACACAAGAGUCCUGUGUCAUAUAUGUUGGAUAUAUCUGCUCGGCAAACUGUGGCUAGUAAUGUUAAUGAUGCAAUGCUUUCAAUGGAGUCGCUUCCUGUUAUACCUAUACUUGAUACUUUGGUGCGCCAAAUCAAGUUGACUCACAGCUUACUUGUCAAGGAGGAUGUUGGCGCAGCAUCU